ACACCCAGGAGCUCGAAUUCCGGCUCUCAAACUGGCCCCAUGGUUGGACUUUUGCAUUACCCGGCUGGGGCUAGCCAUGCGGAAUCGGAUUCCAAUAUGACACCAUCUCCACCGUCCUCCCUGGUGAGAUCGGACCAUUCUACAUUAGACAUUAUAUGCGCUGAUCUGCGAUCCUUAGCUUCCAUGAUGGCUACUAAACAGGACUUCCAGACCCUCACCUCCACACCCAAUGACACCAUUACGUCCGAAAUGUCCCUGAUCCGCACUGAGGUCAGUGCUCAGGGGUCCCGGAUACAAGUCCUGGGGCGCACAACUCAAGGCCUCAUGACUUGGGCCAAAGCCACAGAUCAGGCAUUGGCAAG